GCGCACCGGAGCGGAGGGUUCCGGGGGCGGAGCGGGUCCCGGGCCGCGCGGGGCGGAGCGGCCGCGGUCCCCACACAUCUCCGGCGGCUGCUGCCCCGCCGCUGCCGCCGCCAUGGAGGGUUUCGUGGACUUCACCAGCCGUACCCAGGGCCGCGACCAGCUCUUCCGAGCCACUCAGUACACAUGCAUGUUGCUUAGCUAUGUAAUAGAGCGUAAGGCUGAUAAAGAGAAGCUGGUAAUGAAACUCAAGCAGUUGGAGUCUAGCAUGAGCUCUGGCCGGAAAAUGUUCAGACUGGGCAACAUGGUACAUGCCUUGGUAGCAGCCAGGAGAACUACACAGCUGCCAGAUGUGGUUCCUCGCUUCUGCCUUACAGUCUCCAACCUGACCCGUGCCCUCUACUUCAUCUGCGAUGCGGUCCUGUGGUUGAAGAGCGUUGGGCUCCAACCUGACAUCGAUAAGCCAAAGUGGCGGAAUUGGGCUGCCAAGUGUUACUACUUUUCACUCCUGAUGAAUCUAGCCAGGGACUGGUAUGAGAUCUCCUGGAGGCUGGAACAAGCUGUACAGGAAGGAAAGACAAAGGAGAAUUCCUUCUGCGACAAACACAGUCAGGAACUAAACUGUGUGAAAUGUGAUGAUUUUCAUGGUUUUUUCUGCCUGCUGUUUCAAGUACUGAAAAGACAUCCCCCUUUGCUGCUGGACUUGGUGAAGAAUCUCUGUGAUCUCUCAGGUCCUUUGGACACACUAGGGAUCUACAAGACCAACCCAGGAGUGAUUGGUCUCUGUGGCAUCAUCUCCUCCCUGGUGGGGAUCCUCACAUUAGCAAGCCCACAUCUGAAGCUGAAACAGUGACAUAAAAGGAGCAGCACAGUAUGCAAUGAGCCAACAGCUUUGAUCCUCUGAUAGGUUUUUAUCCUCCCUAUGGCACUUUCAAAGUGAAUAUGUCUCUCAGUAACCUCAAGAUUAAUUUUGACCUCUGAAUAAGUGAAUUCUACCCUCUUUCCUUCCCUGUGUCUUCGCAGAUGAGUUUGGUGCUAUGACACACUCCCUGGUGGAGUGGAGAUGGGAGAAGGCAGAGUAAUAGUUCACAAGCAGAAACAGGACUUGGGACAUGGCUGCCAGAUAAGGAAAUACUGGUGUUGCUAUAUUUUAAUAUAGGGUUGUGACAUAGCUGCAUAGACAGCUGUAAUAGGUGUACGACUCAUAACUGAUUGUGUUUACACUGGAAAGCUGGAAUUCACUAGUCAAAAGUUCCUACUCUAUAGUGGGCUCAGGCAAGGCAGGAGCUGCAGUUAAAAUAGCCUGAAGUCAAGUACAAGUGUUCUGAUGGGUUUGGGUUGAUGGAUCCUGUUAUCUGUAGGCAGUGGUGUGAAUGCAGUGUGAUGGUAACUGAUGAUGAUCUGACCCUUCCAUCAGAUCUCUGUGUAGCGUGCACUGGUGACACUGGAUCUGUAGUAUAGUGAGUGCCAACUUGUGUCCCAGGAAAUCAGCACUUUCUUCUUUUCCUUCAAUGUGAGCCAAGAACCAUUGGCCACUGAGUCUGAAUUCUCCAGCGGGCCAUGGCUGAGGGUUUUGGUGAAGGACAGCGUGUGGGAGAAGCUUGUCUGAGCGCUGAUGAUGCUGUGAUUUGUAGGGAACUGUUUUUACUAAGCUGUGAAUCUGGAACCACUCACAAGCACUAAAUUUCCCAUUACACACACACGUUAAUUCCCAAACCCCUGUGAUUCCAAGUGCAACAAUUUUCCAUUAAUCAUGUUGUGAUAAGGAGCUUGUUUUGCUAUUUUGAUUUUGUGGGGGAAAUUCCAGUAUAAUAAGGAGCUUUGGAACCUGCAGUUAAGGAGAGAAGCCUGGCUCAGAGCUCGAGUCAGAAAAACUACAAGGGUGUGUUUCUAGGUGUGUCACCUGCCAGAGGGAAGGGAAUGGAGUUGGUCGAGGUAAUAUCAGAACCCCCUGUGGAAAAAAAAAGCUUAUUACUGGAUUUGGGCAUUCAUGGUUGAGAUUUUCCUAUCUGGUCCUCCCUAUCCUUCCCUCUCAUGACUGCAAGAUUUCUCGUGUGUUCCCUCAUUGAUUGAAUGGGUUCUACCACUUGAAAAUGCCUUACGUUUGCCCUGCAAGUGCAUGAUUCCUCAUCACUUCCCUUGCUGGGAAUGAUUGCCUGGCAGUGCAAUCUAGCCUAAAGGAGAACUGCUGUGUCUGGCUGUCUAAAAGCUAUAUGGCAUGCAGUCUUUGCUCCUGACUUUGCAGAGUAACAGCUCUGACACCAUCUGAGAAAAAUUUGCACAUUAUAUCAGGGAUAAAAUUAUCAUUUUUCCUCAUCAGAGUUAGGCCUGUGUGUUCUGCUUUCUGGUACAAGGGCUCCUUGUUUAAUCUGUCGGGACAUGUGAGCAGAGACUACUCUAACCUGGACCAAGGUCCUCUCUUGCUAUUUCUGAUGCUGUCUGAAAACAAAAAUUAAAAGGUGCUUGUCUGCUUUAUUAAAAGGAGAAGGUUGUGGAAUUGAGUAGGCAGGGUAAGGCAGUGCCCCAGUUUACCUUAGGUCAUUGUGGUCAGGCUUGGAAUUACUUCUGGUUUGAAUCUGAAGUGUUAGCCUGCCAAUGAGGUGUUUGAAAAAAGGGGUUGCUGAGCAGGAUAAUUAGGUGUGCUUGGAGACCAAAUGUGGCCUGCAGCAGCUCUUCUUUUUAAUAUGGAAAUGAAUAUCAUUGAAAGUAGAGUGUAGUGGCAGUUCAGACCACAAGUGUUGUCUUCAAGGGCUUCCUCUCCUUUUUAACAAUGGAUUUUUUUUUUUUUUGUUUCUUUACUCCAUUUGCCUUUGAGCUCCUGGCAAGGUGGGGCUCAUCCCUCCCUUGGUCAGAUUUUAUCAUUAUCCCUGUGUGUAGGAACAACUGUAAGGAAGGAAGAAGAGUCUUGAUGAUCUGGCAGCGGAGGUUUGGCCACCCUUUGUCUACAGAAUUUCAUCUUGAAAAAAAAUGCAUUUUUAAGUCCUCUCAGGGGAGCUCUUGGAUACUAAAUACUUCUUUCACUGUUUUGCAAACUGUUUUCUUUUUUUCCCCUGUAGUUUGUAGGUAAAGGGAAAAGCACAAACACGCUGAUGUGUCCCUACACCUCCCUGAGCCCUGCCAAGGGAGAAGGGUGUUUUUUUCCGUUGUGCCAGGCAAACACUGUGAAUAGCUGUGAGCCAGGCUUUGGUGUUUCUCCUGUAGGCACUGGUGUAGAUUAGUGAGUACGGAUGUAAUGUGGGAGAUGGGGCAGUGGAUUUUCAGCCUGUCUCAGCCUUACCUGUCCCAUACUACAUGGCAUGGACUGGAGCAUACAGGAGUAACUCUUUACUGGGUGUUAAGCACUAAUACUUGCCUUCUGCUUCCCAGCUGGAGGCUAGAAAUUUAAUGUACCUUAAUGUAACAUAACAAGCCAUAGAAUCAUGAUCAAAUGGCAAAAAGCCUUUUAGUGCCUUUUUUUGGUAUCUGUUUCUAAUACAGCAGUUGGAAUAAGGACAGCUGUUUGAACACAAGCAAUAAACUGAGAUGAGUGUGA